CGAAACAACAUGGCGACUUAUGGCGAUGAGUCGGACAGCUAUCUUUACUCUUCCUAUAACCCGUACUCUUACAGAUAUUUAAAUUCUAAACCCAAGGGUUCAAGUUGGCGACAAAAAAGCUACCUGUCAAGUUAUGGAGACCCGGGGGAAUAUUUUGAUAACUAUCAAAGAGCGCAGCUCAAAUCCCUUUUGUCACAGAUUAAUCCAAACCUGACACCGAGGCUAAGGAAAGCAAACACUAAGGACGUCGGGAUCCAGGUGAACCCUAAAACUGACGCGUCUGUGCAGUGUUCCUUGGGUCCCAGGACCUUAGUAGCGAAUAAUAGAGAGGCCCUGAGAUGGAGAAGACAAAUGACUCCGAUGCCAGGGAGCCCUGUGAACAACCUCGCCCAAACCGUGCGUUUUCCCAGGACACUAGCCUUGUACUCUCCCAUUGCUGCUAGGAGGCCAGCCUCAUUUCUUGACGAAGGAGAAAAACUACCAGGGGAUCCACCAGAAACUGCUGAAAAGGGCAAACGCACUUUGGAAGAAAAAGAAGCCCCGCCAGCAAACGAUAAAGCCAGCAUGGAAAAGCCCGACGCUGGUGUCGGUGCAACACAAGAAAACAAAUCCAAUGGCGCCCGGAAAGAGGGACAAGAUGGUAACAAAAGUAGGGCGAGUGUGAGAUUUCAGUUCCUGGAACAGAAAUACGGCUAUUACCACUGUAGAGAAUGUAAUCUACGCUGGGAGAGUGCAUAUGUUUGGUGUGUACAGGGCACAAAUAAAGUGUAUUUCAAGCAGUUCUGUAGAACAUGUCAAAAAGCUUUCAAUCCUUAUCGUGUUGAAGACAUUACCUGCCAAGUCUGCAAACGGGCCAGAUGCAUAUGUACUGUGACUACACGCCAUGUUGACCCCAAGAGACCCCACCGCCAGGAUCUUUGUGGGAGAUGCAAGGGCAAACGACUCUCUUGCGACAGCACUUUCAGCUUUAAAUAUAUUAUUUAAGUUUAAUGUUUUGCAAAAGAUCCUGCUAGAUUACUGAAAUCAAACCUUUUGAAAGAUUACAAAAGAAUUGUGAAGCUGGGAUAAGUGUGCCUGUAUUUUUUUUUGUUUUGAAAGCAGGAUCAACUACUGAAUGUGAAAUAAAUGGCGAUUAAUGGACACAAUGGUAACUACAUUUUUUUUUUUUUUUUUUUUUUUUUUUUUUAAAAACUACAUUACUCAUUGGAAAAAAUGUGGGGCAGACAUGAUGUAACUAAUCUACACUCUUGCUUUAGGAAGCAAAUGUUGCAGUGUUACAAUGUAACUAUUACAGUGAGCACUAGCUACCAAUCUUGGCUACUGUGUUUUUCUACAAAGCUUUUUUGUAAUCAAACUAAAAUAAAGUCUAUGAUACAAUGGGCAGGGUAAACACAUAGUAGGUAUUUGCAUAAGUAUUGUACCCUACCACUGGGCACCUCUCCUCACUUCAGAUUUGUUUUGGUGUUCAUCUACCAGUGUAAAAGGCAUAUGGUAGAUGUCAAGCAUCUCCAGGAAUAAUUUAAAGAAAGACC